AAAGUCUUCCCGUGUCUCUGGAUAUCCACCUGCGUGCAGUCAGCCAAUGGGCUUUCUGGCACGGUGACAUCUCAAGCACAUAAAGGGUUAAAAGGGAACUCGUUGAAGUCACUUUAAAAAGAAAGACGCAUCUUCGCAAACCAUGGUGUCUCAACGAUCACUUGCAAUUGACACGGAGAAAACGACAAGAACGACAUAUGUGCUUGGAACUGAGCUGACGGUCAAUUUAAACAGGUGUGCCCCGCCGUUUUCCAAAUCGUUCUCGAUAAAAUGCGGGCCAAACGUCAAUCACAAGGUGACUCCUCCAGCGAAGGACAGGAGCGGCCUGUACCCCCUCACCCCAAACUCUGUCCUCCUCGUCACCAUGGACGCCGUCAGCGAGACUGCAAACGACAGCAAGCUAUCUGUGAGGUACUACGGAGAGAAAAGCGAGUCGUUGGGGGACGCCGUGUUGCAUCUAACAGCUGUUGAGAUAUCUCUGGACGUAGAUGCUGACCGAGAUGGCGUUGUUGAGAAAAACAAUCCAAACAAGGGAUCGUGGAAGUGGGGUCCUAAUGGCCACGGUGCAGUUCUGCUGGUCAACUGUGACUCGGAGACCACAUACAAAAAGUCGGUGGACAGUGAGAAUGAUACGAUCGAUAAAGUGUCAGAUUUACAGGACAUGUCCAAGAUGAUCCUGCGUACCAACGGUCCCGCUGAACUUCCUGAAGGCUAUAAACUGACCAUGCACAUCUCAAAGACCACUUCAGGGAGCGUGAGAGUCUUUAGACCUCGAACCAAUGCCAAAAAAGACACGAUGAAGCACAAACUCUUGAACUUGUUCCUGAAAGACUAUAUAAUGGUGGUGGGACCGGACGCGCUGGCACAGGAAGUGCCGUAUCUGGGAGGCAAAACCGAACUGCAGUUCUUUGUAGAGGGUCUUCGCUUCCCUGAUAAAGACUUUAAUGGGCUCAUCUCCAUCAACCUCAGUCUACUGGAGCCCUGUGGCAAGGGUUUCCCAGAAACGCCCAUCUUCACAGAUACAGUGGUAUUUCAUGUUUCUCCCUGGAUCAUGACCCCAAACACCCUCAAACCCCUGGAGGUGUAUGUGUGCAGCACAAACAAUAACUACUCCUUUCUGAAGAGCAUAAAGAACUUGGUGGAGAAGUCUGGCUACAAACUGAAUAUCUGUUUUGAGUACAUGAACCGGGGGGACCGCUGGAUGCAGGAUGAGAUAGAGUUUGGCUACAUUGACGCUCCCCAUCAUCAUUUCCCUGUUGUACUGGACUCUCCUCGUGAUGGAGCUCUUCAGGAUUUCCCCAUCGAGUCCAUUCUGGGGCCGGAUUUUGGGUACGUGACACGGGACGCUUCGAAUGGGGAGGUGAGCAGUCUGGACUCCUUCGGUAACCUGGAGGUUAGUCCACCGGUCACAGUGAACGGGAAGAGUUACCCACUUGGCAGGAUCAUCAUUGGAGUGGCGUUCCCUACUGCUACACAUGGCCGAAACAUGACCCAAGUCGUACAGGAGUUCCUGUGGGCACAGAAGGUUCAAGAGCCAAUAGCGUUGUACUCUGAUUGGCUAUAUGUGGGUCAUGUGGACGAGUUCAUGACCUUUGUUCCAGCCCCUGACCGAAAGAAAUUCCGAUUGCUGCUGGCUAGCCCUGACGCUGGAUACAAAGUUUUCAAAGGCUUACAAAAGAAAGGACACGGAGAAGCAGAAAUGUUUUCAGGUUUGCCGGAGGCCAUCUCUGUGAAUAAACUCCUGAGCAACAAAAAGCUACAGGAUGAAAACAGAUACGUGCAGAACUGUAUUGACUGGAACAGGGUUGUGCUGAAGAAAGAGCUGGGGUUGGAUGAUGAGGACAUCAUUGAUUUGCCCAUCCUGUUUAAGGUUUUAGAGGAGAAAAACUGCUCCAGGGCUGUAGCUUACUAUCCUGACAUGGUAAACAUGAUUGUGUUGGGGGAUCAGCUGGGUGUCCCGAAACCCUUUGGGCCGACGGUGAAUGGCAGGUGCGCUCUUGAGACAGAGGUGUGUUCUCUUCUGGAGCCUCUGGGCCUCAAAUGUACCUUCAUUGAUGACUUUGCCCCGUACCACAAACUGCUGGGCGAAGUUCACUGCGGUUCCAAUGUUCUUCGAGAGCCUUCUUCUUUCAAAUGGUGGAACCUAGAGCUGUGAGAGAGAGACUAGACCAGUCAAGUGCCUAUUACUUCAAAAUUUGUUUAUUCUAGCAAUAAACAAUGCACAGUGCAAAAAACCUAUUUGAUAAUUCAUCUACAAAAACGCACUCACCCUGAUGUUGCCCGAAAAGCACUUUUCCAUACAAUCACAAAGUGCUGUCAAGCUCCAGAACAGAAUGAGAAAUUACCCUAAAAAUUAAUUGUCAUUAUUCAUGUAACACAUUUCCAUAAGAAACACACAGAAAUGUAACUCUUGUUGCAUCCACACAUUAAGAUUUUGAGAGCUUAUGAAACAACAUGAGCAAAUACAAUUUUUAGUAGUCAAUUUUAGUGUUUUUUACUAAUAUAGAUUUUCCUUUAGGGUGCGGUGGUGCUUUUUCAGGGUUUCUAGGAGAAUUAAGGGCUAAUAAUUAUAAUGUUUUUAAAUGGUUCAGAAUAAUGUUAAACGGCUUUAGAGAAAUGGUGUCUUUUCUAAUAGCAGCAACAACAAAAAAAGUGUUUACUGGGUUUUCCUAACUAUGAAUGUUCAUUCUGUGUUGCCUUACUAAUAGUGACUGAGAAUUGAAUUUUAUAAUUGGUGAUUGUUUUGGGUGUGCAUUUUUCCAUAAUGAUGUACGAUGCAGAAAUAAAAAAAAACAUUCCAUGAA